CGAAACGAAAGUUUACCGAUUUGCUUUGUUCUGUGGCUACUUGCUAAAUAUUGUGAAUCAUCUCUUUAUUUACUGCAUCGAUUUCAUAAAAUGGAUAUAAUUUGCUCGCUUUGUUUUAGUAACGUUAGAUAGCUAUCGGACCAUCAGACUCAAAUGAGUGCUUCCAGCUGGUUCGCUGGCUAGGUGCUAGCUAAAUGGCUAGCUAACUUGAGAAGUUGACAGAGAUGGAGGAUGUAAUUUCGCUCAGCUCGGGGAGCGGAGAGGACUCGGAUGUUGAAGUUGUAGGUGUUUACAAUGACACCGAGAACAAGGCCGAGGCAAGACCAUUUAUCAGAGGAGGAUGGGUCAAUCUGGCUGCCUACACACCGGUAAGUGUUCCCCGUGAAGUUGCAAGGGCUACCAGGAGGCUACAACAGGGGAGGUAUGUUUGACACAUGGCAUGUGUGGAAACACAAGAGUAGGUAGUUUGCAGGCCCAAAUUAUGUCGUUGUUUAGAACAUUUUUGUUGGCACUGACAGUUAGCUAAUUAGCUGCAAAUUAUAGUUAAUGUAAUGCAAAACUAGUUGAGGGCGGGGCGCGUGCCAUACACUGUCGAUACUGUUACUGUCAUUGGUUGAUCCACUUCACUCACUCACUAACUCCUCAGGUGCAGUUUGGGAUUUACCGAAAUCGUUGACCCGACCUAACUUUUCUUAUAAAAUUGGGAAAAUUAUAACUACAUUUUUGUUGAAGAUAUUCAAUGUGGUGUAGCCACUGGACCACUUGACUUGACCACGUUUACCUGGUAAUAGUUUGAGAGUAGACCAAAUCUUUGUACAGCUAGCUAGCUAGGAAGCUAGCCGUUAUAACGACGUGACUGGUCAAGCCAGAGAUAAUGUUUUUGUUUUUUUAAUGAUAUUGUCAAUAUUAAAUAAUGUCGUCUGCAGUCGAUGGCAUACAUAUUCAGCGACCUUAGAUCAGUCAAUGCAAAUUUAUGCAAACACUUAAAUGUAAUAUACUUUAUGUUGAUAUUACCUCAUAGUAAUUAGAAUCUCAUUCUAGUUCUGUGGUUCACCUGUCUCUUUCAGUUUGUGAUUGACAUUACUGGUCGGAGGUGGGCUCUAACACCACCAAGGAGGCGCAGGAGGAGGGACCCAGGUGGGCCUGUAGAAGUGGUGGACUUGAGUGACAACAACCUCUCUGAUCACUCGGAUCCAGGGCCGGUGAGUCCACUACCUCAGGGAGAGAAAAAGACUGAGGGACUUUCAAAACACGAAGGACCACAUACCAUAAGUCCAUGUUCUCUGUCCUGCUCCCCAACUGAACAAGAGUUGGAGAACAAAGCUGUUUUAAAAGCAGAAGAAAGUGACAUCCUUGAGUCCAAUCAGAGUUCUCUCAGGGAUUCUUCUUCAACUGGACCACCAGAUGUCAAGAACGCUGUGAAAAGCUCAGACGCAGACAAUCCAAAAUGUCCUGUCAAAUCACCAAGUGUGCCUAAAUCUGAACCGCCUGCAGAGGAGGCAGGAGCCUCAGGGUCUUCCUCUUACCAUAUAACUUGGGAGUCACAACAGUGCUCGGGUAUAACUUCUCAACCACUGUGUGAAGGGAAAGAAGAGCCAGAAUGCCUCAAGUCCAAGACCCAAACCUCUAUAACCAUUCCAAAUAAAGCUCAGACAAGCUGCACUGGAAAAGUAGAAAAGCAUGCAUUCGAAGAGCAGGAAAUAGAAUCUAUGUUUACAACGGACAAACCUCUUCUCGUAGAGGAAAGGGAAGAACCAGGGUCCCCACAAUCACUACUUGAUGCUACUCUCUCCCUCUCCCCCCAAAGCCUAGACAGCCCCUAUUACGUCCCUGAUGAUGUAGACCCGGACCCUUUCAGGUUCUCAGAGGAUUGGGGUGCACAUGAAACGCAGCACAACGACACCUGUUAUUCCCCUACACACAUCCCCUUUGAGAGUUCUCUCUCUCCACCUCUACCUGAUGAUCAGACAGUGUGUCUCAACCAGAGUGACCCAGAUAACUACCCCACCAGUACACACAGUCUCAAACAGGAUCCAGUCUACCCCUAUACCUCCCCUACCAAUGGCACCGGAUCAGCGCUGUUGGUGGAAAUAAAUCAACUUGAGGCCUUACACCGCACCAACUCCAGGCCCUGCUCUCCUUCCAUAGAACCAGACCAGCAGGCUCCCCCCCUCCCUCCACAGCUAACCACUGGAUCUACCUCCCCUGGCCCCUGCAUGGGAGGAACUCAUAGCAAUAAUGAGAGCCAGCCCAACCGGACCCCCAGCCCUACGUCCACAGUCAUCCUAGCUGGGGAGUCCCCAGACUGGCCUGUGGAUGAGACUGAGGCGGACCUGGUUAUGGAUAGCCCCCCGUACAUGUGUAGUAGUAUCCCCAGUGACCCUCCCAUGUUUUUGCAGUCUGAGGACAUGGAUGUGGAGGCAGGGCCCAGAUCUCCUGAGACCAGCCAGGCUGGUUUGGGGGCUGAGGGCUUGAUGACUAUUGCAUGGAGGGAUGGCAGUGAAGGAGAGGAGAUGGGUGGAGAGAGAGGAGGUGGUGAGGAUGACAUGGAGGUCAGCAGAGAGGACAGGCGCUAUGUGUGUCCAAUCCAGCUCAGGAAACUGAGGCAGCUGAUGGCUGGACCUGUUCAGGACCUGGUAAGUAGGUGAGACAUGUUCCCCUCUUCUAUGUGGUUUCUCUCUCUUUCUCUCAUGUUGUUUCUCUCUCUCCUUCUCCAGGAGGAUGAGGAAGAGGAGGACAAUGGUUUCGGCGACCCGGAGCCUCUGUGCAGACAGAGCCUGAGCCUGGUGUACAGCACCAUGGAGGAGAACUACCCAGAGGGUACCCUGCAGCUGCUGUCUGACCUGCUGCAGCCCCGCUUCUUCCCCCCCAUCGACAUCACCACCCACCUCCUCAGAGGCAUCCUGCUGGACCCCCAGUGUCCCAACUUUCUCUGUCUGGAAGCUUACACUCUCCUCAUGAGGACCCAGAGGCACAAUCACACCGAUCAGACCACUAUCCCAUGGGACUGGGAGCUGCUGACGUCAGUCAUGGAUGCUGAACAGGUAAGGAGAGUGACAGGCCUCUCUCAGCACCUGAACAAUUGAUUAUGAUUAUACACCCAGUUGUUAUUAGAGCAGUGAGAGAAUCAACGUUUCCACAAGCAUCAGGGUUACAGGGGCAUUAUGCUUUCACUAGGAUAACCAUUAAACCCCUACAACUCAUCCAGAAUGCCGCAGCCCAUCUGGUGUUCAACCUUCCCAAGUUCUCUCACGUCACCCCGCUCCUCCGCACACUCCACUGGCUUCCAGUUGAAGCUCGCAUCUGUUACAAGACCAUGGUGCUUGCCUAUGGAGCUGUGAGGGGAAUGGCACCUCCGUACCUUCAGGCUCUGAUCAGUCCCUACACCCAAACGAGGGCAUUGCGUUCAUCCACCUCUGGCCUGCUGGCUCCCCUUCCUCUGCGGAAGCAUAGUUCCCGCUCAGCCCAGUCAAAACUGUUCGCUGCUCUGGCACCCCAAUGGUGGAACAAGCUCCCUCACGACGCCAGGACAGCGGAGUCACUCACCACCUUCCGGAGACAUUUGAAACCCCACCUCUUUAAGGAAUACCUGGGAUAGGAUAAAGUAAUCCUUCUACCCCCCCCCCCCCCAAAAAAUAAAUAAAUAAUAAUAAAUAAAAACAAUUGUAAAGUGGUUAUCCCACUGGCUAUAAGGUGAAUGCACCAAUUUGUAAGUCGCUCUGGAUAAGAGCGUCUGCUAAAUGACGUAAAUGUAAUAACUGACCACAUGCCCUUCCUCUCCAUUCUCCUCUUCCUUAGAGCCGUGGUAGGAGGCUCUGCUGUGAGGUGGUGCGUAUGCUGCUGCAGUACGUCGUCCAGACCAUGGAGGAUGACUUCCGGGUCAAACUCUCCUUCCGUGAUCUCCACCAUUCCAUCGCCAAGGCAACCCUGUCAUGUGAUGUACGGUUCACCCAGGUCAGGUGAGCAUUGUGUGUCCAGGAGAAUGAAAAAAAUAUAUAUAUUUGUCUCAAUAAGUUCCUGAAAAACGAGAUGGAGGUGCGUUAUGUUGAGGUUUGUAUGACAAUGAAUUAGUGUUUAAUUGUUUUGUUAAUCUUUUCCCUCCCUUCCAUCAGAGAUGUUAUCAAUUGGCUCUUUGCUGCUAUUGUGAAAUCAACAGGGGACAAAGACAACAUGUCUGCUGUCAUCGAGGUGAAAACACAGAAGGAAAAAGAUGAACAUCUAAAGUGAGUUAAAAAUUACAUCUGCAUACAACAUUCCACACCCCUUAACUCGUUGUUUUGAGACUGAAAAUAUAGCACCCCAUCCGUCAUAUCAGAUCAGUUUGAAGGAUACAGAAUAGAAACAGAGUACACACAGCCAAUAUGUGUGUGUGUGUGUGUCCUCUGCCUUGUUGUGUGUCAGAAUGGUGUUCCUCCUCCAGAAGAUGCUGUCCUUGGCCUUGGAGGUGGAUCGCUCCCCAGCUCUCAACUCCAGCAAACUCUCCGGGGAACUCUUCCACAUGCUUAUCAGCACUGUCUGUCUGAGACAACACAGGUCAGGGAUGGAGGAAGGGAGGGGGGGGUGGGUGUAGUUUGGAGGAUGGAGGGGAUGUUGAGAUGGAUGGAAGUGUCAGGAGGACUAUGCUUGCUGUGUAGAGACAGACGGCAUCAACGCUUCACCUCUCCUCUCUUGCCCAGGCUGCUGUUGCUGGAGACCCUGGAGAGCAGACUACUGAGGUGUAAGCUGAUAGAGCACCUGCUGCACCAUGCAAGUCCACAGAAGACCCCUCUGCCCAUGUCUCUGAGUCUGCUGCUACACUUCCUACACAACGCCACCCUCCCACCUGACCCUACGGUGAGUACUAGCACUGCACAACACCACCCUCCCACCUGACCCUACGGUGAGUACUAGCACUGCACAACACCACCCUCCCACCUGACCCUACGGUGAGUACUAGCACUGCACAACACCACCCUCCCACCUGACCCUACGGUGAGUACUAGCACUGCACAACACCACCCUCCCACCUGACCCUACGGUGAGUACUAGCGCUAGAAACUAUUUAGAAUUGAUGAAGGAAGUCAUGUUCAUUUCUAUGGCAUCUGAAAAACAGUACACAGACCAAUUUCUUUACUCAAAUAUUAAGAAAAGUCAAAGGAAUGUAGCAAAGGCUCAGUCCGUCUCUAUUGUUCUUCAGGAUGGAGCUGAGAGCUGGAAAAAGUGGGAGGAGUUGGUCCAACUACUAUGGAUGUUGUUGCUGAGCUACGAGGAAGUGAUGAAAGGUGGGCCACUGAACGAUUCACCCAUCAAAACAACUUAUUGAACAUAGUUUACAUUGGUCACAGCCUCUUAGGCUUUCCCCUUAGUUUUGUCCUCCUAACCCAGGGGUUCCAAAACUUUUUUGGCCCGCGACCCCAUUUUGAUAUUUAAAAGAAUUUGCGACCCCACCAUAUAAAAAAAAAAGAAAAAAAGUGAUGUAAUUAACGGCCAAUGUUUACUUUUAUAAUUGUGUCUAUGACAGGCUAUUACAAAUCAGUCUGACAGUAGUUUUAACAGUAUUUCAGUGUGAAGGAAGUAUGGUUUGAAGUGACUGAAAUGCAACAGAAAGGUAUUAGGAAGUUCAGAAGAUCAUCAUUGAUGUUAUUUUUCUCCAGUCUGAUUUAGUGCCUGGUCUUGUCCACUCUGUUCUAGUGAGCCUUCUGGGCAUUGUAAAGGGAAACAGAAGAUACAUAUGUGUUCCUGAGAGUCUUAUCUUUCAGUGAUGGGGUCAUAAAUGUAAAAAAAUAUAUAUAUAUUUUGUUGCUUAAACCGUUCAAAAGAUAGAACCACAUUUGUAGGAAGAAAACAGAAACCACUCUGUUUAUUACAACCGCAUCUAGCGGCUACCGGAGGUUACUGACGUUACCCCGGUUCUAUGAACCAAGCACGAUUUUUCUCUCGCAACCCUAUUUUCAAAUCGGGCGACCCCUAGUUUGGGAAACCCUGUCCUAACCCAUCUGCUCUUUGACCCCUUGAAACCUCUAGGUCACCUGCGCUCUGCAGUCACCGAGCGAUGGGGCUACGGUCGCGCUCCGAUCCAGACGGUGAAUGAUUCUUUGUCGCGGUUGGCGGUCCAGGAGGCUAUAGAGGCCAUCCUGUCCAGAGCCCAGGCUGACCUGGGCCAAGACCUGCCUCCACACGUCCACGAGUCCCUCACCUACCUGCAGGAUCACCUGCUGGCCUCCUCGCAUUGA